AUGCGGUACGCCGAGAAGCGGAUCGGUUACUUGGGGCUGACCUUACUGUUGGACGACAGCUCUGAGGUGGCGAUGCUGUCGACGAAUUCUUUGAAGCAGGAUUUGCAGCACACAAAUCAGUACAUUAACAGUUUGGCUUUGUCGGCGUUGGCAAAUGGCUGCCCCCGCGAGGUGUCUCGUGCUCUACUGCCGGAGGUGGAUGCGCUGCUCAGCUGCAGCAACCCUUUCAUUCGCAAGAAAGCGGCCCUCGCUGCAGCAAAGGCUCUCCGUCGCCUGGGUGCAGAGGCAGCAUCACUGCUCCAUGCGCUGCCUGCCCUUUGCAACGACAGGAGCCACGGCGUCCUGCUAGGAGCAUGCGGCCUCCUCUUCGCCAUGUUCGACACCCAGCAGCAGGACGCAGCGGCAGCGCCAGCCAGUCAGCAGCUGUUGCAGCCUCUUGCCAAGGCCCUCAGAGCUUGCAGCAGCGCCACGCACCCGCAAACUGCUGAAUACGACAUCGCAGGGAUCGUCGAUCCCCUCCUCCAAGCUAGGCUCCUCAGGGCCGUCGCCCUGCUAGCACAAGGGGACUCGGCCGCAAGUGCUGGGUUGACAGAGCUGUUGGCGCAUGUCGCUACCAACACCGAUGGAACGAAGAACGCCGGGAAUUGCGUCCUCUACGAAUGCGUGCGCACCAUCGUCGCUCUAGAAGCUGAUCAAGGGUUGCGUGUUUUGGCGGUAAACAUUUUGGGUCGCUUUUUGUCGUCUCGGGAGCCGAAUUUGAAAUAUGUGGCGUUGGACACGCUGCAGCAGCUGCUGCACAAGGAUGCAGCAGCUGUCAUGAAACACAGAGAGACUCUCCUGGAAUGCCUCAAGGACGGCGACAGUUCAAUUCGACGUCGGGCUCUAGAGGUGCUGAUUGCUCUCCUAUCUGUGGAGAACAUCUGCACGUUAGGUCGAGAACUCCUUUCGUUUUUGUUGAUUUCCGAAAAAGACUUAAAGCCUUUUGCUGCUUCGAGACUUGCUGCUGCAACUGAAGCGCAUGCACCUACGCGCCGUUGGCAGUUCGACGGAACACUCAAGUUGUUGUGUCUGGCAGGGAAUUACCUCUCGGACUCAACAGGAAAUCAACUGCUGUUGCUAGUCUUCAAAACUCCAGAGCUGCAGUCUUAUGCUGUGCACAAGCUUUUCUUUUGUCUCCGCGAAGGCAGCGCCAGCAACCCCGUCCUAGCCAAGACAGCGCUGUACUGCGUGGGGGAGUUCGGGGAGAUGCUGACUGCAACAGACAAAUCGCAUUUGCUGUCUAAGCAGCAGCAGCAGCACCAGCAGCAGGAUCCCGCAGCUGCUGCUCUUGCACUAACAGCUGCUGAUGUUGUCGACACACUGGAGCAAAUAUGCCACGCGCUACGCGGAGGCAAGCAAAGUGGGACGAAUAAUGCAGCAGGAGCUGCUGGUGCAGCUGCGGCUGCUGCUGCUGCGAACGGCUCCUCCGGUGUGGCUGAGUCGCUCAUGACCUGCAUGGCGAAAUUGGCUGUCAAACUGCCGGAACAGAGGGGCCGGCUGCUGCAGCUGCUGCAGUCCUUCAACACCAGCAGUAACUUGGAAGUGCAACAGCGGAGUACAGAAUUUGUUACGCUGCUCCAGUCGCCAGACUGGUCGCCUGAGGACUUAGCAGCCCUUUUUAGUCGCAUGCCGCUACAGCAGCAGCAGCAGCAGGUGCAACAACAGGAGAGGCCCAUUGGAGAGGUAUACUUCGAUUUAGCAGACCUACCUCCUGAGCCCGAAGCAGCAGCAGCAACAGCAGCGGCAGAGACGUCUUUUCCAGGUGUCUCGACAGCUCCCCAGCAGCGAACUGCCAAUGGCACCACAGGUGCUCAGCUGCUGGAACUCGACGAUCUUCUGGGACUCUCCACGUCUCCACCCGCCUCCAAGAGCUCCCCCUUACCAGUUGCUGCCAACACCAGCAGCAGCAGCAGUGCCGGCGGUUUGGAUUUGCUGGCGGACUUGCUGGCUGGCGCUUCUGUAUCCUCUAGUGAGGCCAACCAUAAGGCAGCAGAACAGCAAAGCGCAGCAGCAUCACCAGCAGCGGCAACAGCAGGGGCCCCCACACCAGCGGCGGACCCAUUUUCUGGACUUAUUGACCUCGCAAACCCAUUGCCUACAACAGCAGCAACAGCAGCAGCACCAGCAACUCUUUCCCCUCCUGCAAGCAUGAGCUCAGGGGAGCCCCUUCCUUCUUUGUUGGAGUCAUCCCUGCGCCCGCUCAGCCCUUCAGCAGCAACAGGAGCAGCAGCAACACCAGUUGCAUCUGCCGUAACAGCAGCGGGAGAGGGCUCGUCGGCCCCACUUGCACUUACCGCAGCGAUAAGCCCCCCUUCCCCAGCAGCAGCGGCAGCCACUGCAAGAGCAGCAUCCCCUGGAACAGCAGCAGCAAGUGUGGGGCCAGACGGUGUCGCUGCAGUGCAGGUGCUAGACGAAGAAGGACUGAAUAUCCUCUUGAAAUGCCGCCGCGCGGGAUUGGGGGUCUGCGAGGUGACGGCAGAGUUCGCUGCAUCAGCCAGCAGCACAGUGCUCCAACAAUUCCGCUUCGAAGCUGCCGUCCCCAAAUACCUGCAGCUGCAGCUCGAGCCCCCGUCUGCAACAGACGUGCUCCCGGGGGGCCCUCCGGUGCUGCAGCGCCUCCGUGUCAGCUCUUCCCCAGGAGGUGCUGCUGCUGCCGUUGCUGCAGGGAGUCCGACAAGACCUCAGGAUAAGCCUCUGCUAAUCAAGUGUAGGGUCACAUAUUUGAGGGAGGGGCUGACCGUUCAAAAGAGUACAAAGGUCGCUUCGUUUCCUUCCUCUUUCUUGGACUUGGACUCAUAG